AACUCUACCCGAUCCGACUAAUUCCGGGUUGCCAACGCCCGCAGAUUGAAAAUCCCAUUUCUGAAACCCCUGUGAGUCUUUUGAGAGAAUAGCAAAUUAGCAAACACUGGAAGAGCUAAAAGCAGAGGCAACUUAGCCAUCAAAACACUGUCAAAUGAGCGCAGGUGGUGCAUUUGGUGGGAAUAGAGGGCUGAGCCCAGUGCCACCAGAGAAAGGCAUCUUCCCUUUGGAUCAUUUGCAUGAAUGUGACUUGGAGAAGAAAGAGUACCUCAAUUGCCUUAAAACUUCUGGCCAUAAAUCGGACAAAUGUCGACAAUUUUCCAAGAAAUACUUGCAGUGUCGAAUGGAAAAGAAUUUGAUGGCAAAGCAGGACUUGUCGGAACUUGGAUUUGGUAAGCAGUCCGAGAUGGAAGCUUCUGGAGAAAAGAAUACUCAGACGAUCGAUAAUUGAAGCUGAUUACCUGACGCUCUCAAGGAUUACCGAUGAAAGAUUCUCGCAUUACUGAGCAUUUUUUCUUGGGCUCAUGGGAAUGUUCCUUGUGUGAGUGGUGGUUUAUUCCUUAUAGAAAAAUACAUGUCUGAUAACCCAGAAACUAGAGCUUUCAAACUUUGUACAACAUGACAUUGUAGUAAUUCAAUAUUGAUGAGAAAGUUAAAAAAUCGAUGGAAUUCAUUGUUUCAUCUUAUUGUUAAUAAUGCAGCUAAUUUUCCAUUAUUGUA